AUGAAUGAGGAGAACCAGACAUUGGUCAGUGAGAUUGUUCUCUUGGGAUUUCAGAAUCUCCACAACUUUAAAAUUCCCCUGUUCUCUCUGUUCCUUCUGAUUUACAUUAUGACAGUUUGGGAGAACGUCUUCAUCAUAGUGUUGGUGUCCUCCUCCCGGAACCUCCAGUCCCCCAUGUACUUCUUUCUCCAGCAGUUGUCCUUAUGUGAUCUACUGGGAUCUUCAAAUAUUGUGACCUCCCUGCUCCCAACUGUAAUAAAUGGAGAAGCCACCUUGUCCCUUGUUGGUUGUAUUGCUCAAUAUUCUUUUUUUUGUGUCCCAGAAGUUUUUGAGUGUUUGCUUCUAGCAGUAAUGUCCUAUGACAGAUAUGUGGCCAUCUGUAUCCCACUGAGUUACACUUCUAUAAUGUCCGACAGGGUCUGUGUUAAAAUAAUGUUAAUGUUGUGGGCUAUUGCCUUUAGCAUUUCAGUGAUUGCAGUGAAUUCAAUAGGGACACUACAGUUCUGUGACCAAAAUCCCAUUAAUCAUUUCUUUUGUGAUUUAUCACCUCUUCUAAAACGUUCCUGCUCAGAUACUUUCUUUGUCCAAUUAGAAGUAAUGAUAGUUACUAUCCCUGUGGUUAUUUCCCCCUUUAUACUGAUCACUGUAUCAUAUAUGUGUAUUGCCCAUGCAAUCCUAAAGAUAGUGUCCAAUACCGGGAGACAAAAAGCCUUCUCCACCUGCAGCUCCCACUUGGCUGUGGUCUCCAUAUUUUAUGGGACUCUCAUUGCUAUUUAUGUGGUUCCUCCCAGAAACCAGUCACAGACCCUAAGCAAAGUUCUCUCUUUGUUAUUGACCAUAAUGAUUCCUUUGAUUAACCCAAUGAUUUAUAGCCUGAGAAAUAAAGACAUUAAUGGUGCCCUUAAAGGGAACAUAUACCUUUAUUUCAGAAUUUUCCCCACCAGUUAUACAUAA